AAUUGGUAACUGGCUUUUUCUUGCUCACCGUCUGAAGAGACAUGAAGCUUGGAGGCUGCCUGAUUUUCCUUUUCAUAGUCCUAGUUUUGCUGGAUGUAGUGGCUGGCCAAGCUUCUUCCUUCAAGACAAAGAAGCCCGCCAAGCAGAGAGCAAAAGAGAAAAAUGGUGACCUUAGGAGUCAAAUUGACAAGCUUUGGAAAGAGGUAAAUUCGCUGAAAGAAAUGCAAGCCUUACAAACAGUCUGCCUUCGUGGAACGAAGAUCCAUAAGAAAUGCUACCUGGUGUCUGAAGGUGCAAAACAUUUCCAUGAAGCAAACGAAGAUUGCAUAGCCAAAGGCGGGACCCUGGCUAUUCCCAGAGAUGGAGAUGAAACCACAGCCCUGAGAGAGUACAGCAAGAAAAGCUUGCCAGGGGUAGCAGACUUUUGGCUUGGGGUUACUGACAUGGUAAAUGAGGGCAAAUUUGUGGAUGUCAACGGAAUGGUCCUGAACUACUUCAACUGGGACCGUUCGCAACCCAACGGGGGGAAGCGUGAGAACUGUGUCUUAUUUUCUCAGCCAGGUCAAGGAAAAUGGGUGGAUGAGGUCUGUCGCGCUGUUAAACGUUAUGUCUGUGAAUUCCUGAUCCCUUAAGUCCUCUUUCCAACGAUGGCCGUAGGAAGGUGUGCUGAAAUGACAGUUCGCAAGACUUGCCAACCUUGAGGAAAAUAUCUAUUACAAUCGUGGGAGUGGAGUAAAGUCCUUAGCUGCUCAUUCAGCCACUAGUUGUGGGGGGGGGGGAAGUGGAAUGAUCACAGAUAGGCAGAUGACUUGCAGUUUCUGGAGUUUUAUUGAAAUUAGCAUGCUGUUUGAACAUGGAUUUAAUGGGCCUUGAAUUGUAGCAGACUUGUUCCUAAGAUCCCUAGUCUAGUUACAGUGAGACACAUUCAGCUUUGUUUAGUUAAACCAAUAAGAUACAUUCUACUUCUAGAGAAUGGUCUUCUCAUUACAUUAUUUUGCUUCUGAUUCAUUCUAACUUUUGCUAGUAACUUGAUCUCUCUUCUCUACUCCAGCUCAAAUUUUACAAUCUGGUUCUUUAUCUGAAUCUUGAUUGACCACACUACUUCUUGGGAAAUGAAUUCAUAUCUUGGUUAAACACUUUGAUUUGAUGCACUCACCAUCCCAUCGAUCUAAUGGAGAUUGAAAUAUUUCAUUGUCUUUUAGAGGACAGAAUAACUUUUGUAGAGUAUCUUACUUUUAAAGUCCAGGUUUAGGGUCUUUAUCUUCUUGUUAUAUUUGAACCAGGGAAAGAUUUCUAAUUAUUGAAAUGGAUCUUCACCUAUAGAAAUGAAUGUUUAAAAUUAUUGUAGGAGAAGGACAAAAAUAAAUCUUGUCAUACUGUAUAGCUGUCAAUCAAUAGAUAAGCAUAGAGCUGGACAACCUCCCCUAUAAAAUGUAACCUCCUAACAUGCUUCACUACUAGCACAGAUAGAUCUUUCUCUCUAAACUUCAUAACAUUUAAU